GCUCUGUGACAGACGACCAUUCACGAGGGACUCAGAUUAUUUAACCUGCAUAUAGUCACUCGAAUAACCUGACCUUAGACUACCUAGAGUGUAUACACAUGGAUGGGAGCUUCUCAUUGUAGUGGAGAAUGGAGAUUGGGGUAGAUAAUGGGGAUGUUUGCCAUGAUGUUUGCCAUUGAGCCAUUGAGAACGAUAGGUUAUCGAUAAGCCAGGCAUAUCGCUAUAUCGGCCAGCCAUCCCCAGCAGCUGCUUCAUCUCGCCUCUUCUUCCUUCGACAAUCAGCUCGCCAGCAUCCAAGUCUCCACGAUGGCUUCCCACGCGGCACCCGUAGACCUCAAUGGUCAUGGCAUUGCAUUAGGAUCCUCACAACCCAAGAAGGUCGCCUAUUUCUAUGAUUCCGACAUUGGAAACUUCGCCUACGUCGCCGGCCACCCCAUGAAGCCCCAUCGCAUCAGGCUGGCGCAUAGCUUAAUUAUGAAUUAUGGCGUGUACAAGAAGAUGGAGAUCUACCGAGCCAAGCCUGCAACGCGACUCGAGAUGACGCAGUUUCACACGGACGAAUACAUAGACUUCCUGCAAAAAGUCAGCCCCGAGAACAUGGACAACUUCCAGCGCGAACAAACGAAAUUCAACGUCGGCGACGACUGUCCUGUGUUUGAUGGCCUGUUCGAGUUCUGUGGCAUUAGCGCGGGUGGCAGCAUGGAGGGUGCGGCUAGAUUAAACCGACAGAAAUGCGAUAUGGCCGUGAACUGGGCUGGAGGACUUCAUCACGCCAAGAAAUCCGAAGCUAGCGGCUUCUGCUACGUGAAUGACAUUGUCCUUGGCAUUCUUGAGCUGUUACGGUUCAAUAAGCGCGUCCUCUACAUCGACAUCGAUGUCCACCACGGUGAUGGCGUCGAGGAAGCCUUCUAUACAACCGAUAGAGUUAUGACUGUAUCUUUCCACAAAUAUGGCGAGUACUUCCCAGGGACCGGCGAGCUUAGAGAUGUUGGCAUCGGCACGGGCAAAUAUUAUGCUGUCAACUUUCCUCUACGCGAUGGCAUAGACGAUUCAUCUUACAAAUCCGUUUUUGAGCCCGUCAUCUCGAGCGUCAUGGAGUUCUACAACCCUGAUGCGGUUGUCUUACAGUGUGGUGGUGACAGUCUUUCUGGCGAUCGACUUGGCUGCUUCAACCUGAGCAUGGAGGGCCACUCCAACUGUGUCAAGUUCGUCAAAAGCUUCAAUCGACGUACCCUCGUUGUCGGUGGAGGUGGCUACACCAUGCGCAAUGUGGCUCGAACAUGGGCUUUUGAAACAGGUUUGCUGGUGGAUGCGCACAUGGACCGCACACUUCCAUUCAACGAAUACUACGAAUAUUAUGGUCCCGACUAUGAACUCGACGUCCGAGCUUCCAACAUGGAAAAUGCAAACAGUCCCGAAUAUCUCGAAAAGAUCAAGAACCAGCUGAUCGAGAAUCUUCGGAGGACGGCACAUGUCCCCUCAGUCCAGAUGCAAGAUGUUCCACGGCAUUCUCUCGGUGCCAUGACAGAUGAGGAUGAUGCUGAGCUGGACGAUCUGGAUGAAGAUGAGAACAAGGAUGUGCGCAUGACACAACGUCAAUGGGAGCAGCGGAUAGAACGUGACGACGAGUACGAAGCAAGCGACAACGAAGAAAUGGAGAAGGCCAAUGGCGUUCACCGCAACGGCAGCUCUCGGCGAGGCUUCCAAAAUUACCGAAAUUCCGAUGCGGAAGCCGACAGCGGGGUGGCAACUCCCGCCGACGCUGGGUCUGAGACCGUCAUUAAGUCUAAGGAAGUUGACGAGGUUAUGAAAGAUGCAGAUGACGCAGCACAAGAUGGCGCCGCUGAAGCUAGCGAAACUUCACGCGAUGCUAAGCCUGCAGACAAUAAAUCGGAUGAAGGGGUUGAGGCUGCAGGCAUCGCGGAACAAGACGAAUCCCUUGCAGAAGCUCAAGAAGCUUCCAAAUCUAGUAAAAACAUUGACCAGGCCGAGAAGGCUGCAACACCCACUCGAGACGCCUCAAAAACGGCAGAUCCAGCCUCGAAAGAAGACGAGGUCAUGCAAGAUGCUGACGACAACUCUAAAGAACCUGAAAAGGAGGCCGAGAAGAAGCAAAGCGCGGAACCUGAGCCAAAAAAGUCACCAAAAGAUGACAAGAAAGACACUGAUGGAGACGUCGAUAUGAGCGAAACACCCACGGACAAGAAGCAAGACGAGAGUAAGAGCACAGACGCCGAAGAAAAAGCCGAGGAGCCUCCGUCGACUGAGACCACCGAGAAGACAAAAGACACUACUGAUAGUAAUUAAACACUCCGCAAAACCGCACCACAGGGAAGUGUUUGCUUAUGUACAUCGAGAACGUGGAGGAUUGUUUUCUCUUUAGAGGUGAAAGCUGUGUUUAAUGUAUACCACUUGAGUCAAAGCGAAAGGCGUUCCGGACCUAAAAGAGGAUAA